GCGCGCAUCCCGGUUCGUUACGUCACUUGAAGCGCCCUGGCUCUUAGAUCUGGCAAAGAGAGGAAGAAAACGACAGAAGUCUCUAAAACAGGGCUUUCCCCUCCGUUACCAGCUCUCAAAGUGAUAACGGUCCAUCUACAACACUACACACAGGCACAGCCAUCUCACCAAACCGGACUAACCUCUUGUAGAAGAAGAAAUAUAACAUGACCAGAAUAAAUGGAUAAAACCAGCAACUCUUCAAGAAGAUGAGACAUUGCACUAUUUAAAUAUAGAUCACAGACCCUUUACUAGGUUUACAGAGAUCACCAUCUCCACCAAAAACAUCUGCAUUCUCUUUACCCCUGCCGUUCACUGACCAGAGCCACCAUGUAUGGCAGUGCCCGAUCUGUGGGCAAAGUGGAAGGCAACCACACUAGUGGGAGCACCCAAAGUCCUGGGCGUUCACCCCGUCUCCCUCGGUCCCCCCGUCUCGGCCAUCGUCGCACUAAUAGCACAGGGGGUAGCGGAGCCGGUGCCGGUCCAGGUGGUAAAACCCUUUCCAUGGAAAACAUUCAAUCCCUUAACGCCGCCUAUGCCACAUCCGGGCCCAUGUACAUGAGUGACAAUGAGGUGGUCACAUCUGGUCCAGACCUGCCCAAAAGCACCAUGACCCUGGGUCGCACCGGUGGACGAGUCCCCUACGGCGUCCGCACGACUGUAAUGGGAUCCAGUCCAAACAUCGCCACUGGAUCCCCUGGCACCACUGAUGCAAUUGCUUUCGGAGAUCACCAUAUGCCUUCCACGUUGGCGUCCACUGUGCCUCAUUCGCUACGGCAGGCGCGGGACAACACCAUCAUGGACCUGCAGACGCAGCUCAAGGAGGUGCUUCGGGAGAACGAGCUCCUGCGGAAGGAGGUGGACGUGAAGGAGAGCAAACUCAGUUCCUCCAUGAACUCCAUUAAGACCUUCUGGAGCCCCGAGUUGAAGAAGGAGCGCGCCCUGCGUAAGGAUGAAGCCUCUAAGAUCAGCGUGUGGAAGGAGCAGUACAGAGUCGUCCAGGAUGAGAAUCAGCAUCUCCAGAUGACCAUCCAGGCCCUCCAGGACGAGCUGCGGAUCCAGCGGGACCUGAACCAGCUCUUCCAGCAAGACCCCAGCUCUCGUCCUGGCGAGCCACUGACUGCCGAACUGACCGAGGAGAACUUCCAGCGUCUGCAUGGCGAGCACGAGCGUCAGGCCAAAGAGCUGUUUCUACUGAGGAAGACUCUGGAGGAGAUGGAGCUGCGCAUCGACACCCAGAAACAGACGCUCAACGCUCGGGACGAGUCCAUCAAGAAGCUGCUGGAGAUGCUGCAGAGUAAAGGACUCUCGGCCAAGGCCAGCGAGGAGGACCACGAGCGCACCCGGAGACUGGCCGAUGCUGAAAUGCACAUCCACCAUCUGGAGAGUUUGCUGGAUCAGAGGGACAAAGAGAUGGGGCUGCUGAGAGAGGAUCUCCACCGGCGUUAUGAGGGAGCUCCAGAAUCGGCCAAAACCAAGGCUCUGCAGACUGUCAUCGAGAUGAAGGCAAGUGUGUGUGCGAGUUUGCUUUGUGUGUGUGGUGAGGAAAUCACAAACUUUAGUAUUCUUUAUAAUAAUAAAAUGAUAAUGGGGUUGUUGUUUUAAUACUGUGCAUGAUGACAAUAUUGAGUGUGUCCAGGGCUUGACAUGAACUUUUUUUGAUCACCAGCCACUGUGGCUAGUAAUUUUUCAACAUUUACUAGCCACGCACAAUUUUUAAAUGGAUAUUAUUUAUGCAUAAAUUCAACUUUGGCAUGCUAAAAUGACUUAAUUUAGGUUUUGUAUUACACUGUAAAAAAUGCAGGGUUCCACACACUUCAUUCAUGUUUUCCCAACACAAAUUGAUUUGGUUAACUUAACACUUUAAACAAAUGUAUGUGGAU